AUUGAGGGUAAGGGGCGGCGCAUGGCGGUGCUAGGACACAAACUGAACAUAUUUAGAGGCAGGUAGAUGAAGGAAUGAUACAUUUUGGCUUCGUGGUGCUAGACAAGAUGAAGUCCUACGUGCUUCUCUUGGCCCUGCUGCAGGCUCUGGGAUGCUCAGGAGUCCCAGUGUACAACUCUGAGCUGGAGUCAAUGGCGAACAGGGGUCUUGGAGCAGCUCUGACUGAGGUCAACUCUGUGUACGCUGUCAGCCAUCUUUACCGGGUGACUCGGGGCUCUGUCUCGAGGGUUAUUCCUGUUGGCCUGAACACCGCUGACCUGAUGAUGGUCUUUGGCAUCAAAGAGACAGAGUGCGCGAAGGCAUCCAGAAGUGACCCCCAGACAUGUGCCUUCAGACCUGGCUUCUUUGUGCCGACCUUGUCCUGCUCCAGUCGGGUCCGAAUGACAGCCACAACAACCCAGGUGCUGUCUCUCAGAUGUGGCCGUGACGCUUCGAGCUCCAGCUCAGAGUCCAGUGAGGAGUUCUCAAGAGGGAGACAGCACUUCAACAUCCCAUUUGUAAAUAGAGACCCUGCUCCUGCACCACCUCCAACAUCUCCACCCGUCCAGCGUGGCUUCUCCCUCCAGAUGGCGGAGGAGCGGCAAAGAGGAGACACUUUCACCAACUUCCUGGUGUGAAAUCUCAGCUCAGUCUGGGAACAUUUAGGUGCUGAUCAGAAGACAAACUUGAAUUAAAGAUGGAGUUUGAACACUGU